AGUCAGGAUCCAGUGCAACUCCUCCAGGCUCUUCUGUCUUGGCUGGAAGUACCUAUGGAGGAUCUACAAGCACUGGGUAUGGGGCUGGCGGUGUUGCAGCAGAAGGCCAAACGGGUGCCCGCAGGAUGGGACAGGGCCACCCAACAACAGCAUUAUUCCGACUGGAGUAGAGGAAGCGAAAGACGACAAGAGUCAACAUCCCGAUACAGUACCACAUCCAGGCGUGUCACCACUGUUGGCUCCGGAUAUGGCUACGGUGGGGGUGCACCAAGCAUGCAGACCAGUGAUUACAGUGGUGGAAGAGGUGGUGCACAGACAGGCGGGUACGAUGGUGCUGUAGGAAGUGGUGCUCAAGCAGGCGUAUAUGACGGUUCUAUGGGAAGCGGUGCACAACCAAGUGGCUAUGGCACGGGUGUGGGGAGUGGUGCACAACCAAGCGGAUACGCUAGCGGUGUGGGAAGCGGUGCACAACCAAGCGGAUACGGUGGCGGUGUGGGAAGCGGUGCACAAACAAGUGGGUACGGUGGCGGUGUAGGAAGCGGUGCACAGCUACGUGGAUAUGAUGAUUUAGGAAGCGGUGCGCAACCCAGCGGAUACGGUACCGGUGUGAGAAGCGGUGCACAAACAAUUGGAUAUGGCACCGGUGUGGGAAGCGGUGCACAACCAAGCGGAUACGGUACCGGUGUGGGAAGCGGUGCCCAAGCAAGUGGGUACGGUGGUAUCGUGGGAAGCGGUGUACAGCCAAGUGGAUAUGGUACCGCUUUGGGAAGCGGUGUACAGCCAAGUGGAUACGGUGGCGGUGCGGGAAGCGGUACACAGGCCAGUACGUACUACACCAACGUGGGACAGGGCCAAGCCUGGGAUGGCAGUCGCGGCUGGAGCACGCAGCUGUACGAUUUUUCCGGACGACAACAACCUCCCCGAUCUGACGAAACUGCUACAGGACGCGGGCGUUUAUCUUAUGGAUAUGAUACCAGAUUUGGGUACGGCACCAGCAGCUAUGGAGCACCGGGAGGUUACACUGAUGCAGGAAUGGCAUCUUCAUCAACCGUUCGAGGAACCACUGAUCACGGAUCAGGCACUUCUGGUUCCGAUGCGUCUUCGUUUGGACAAGAUGGCAUCCAACCAUCGUCGACGUGGGACACCACCGGCAGCGCUGACGGUGGUCGGCAACCUCUCUUUCCAGAUGGCGGGGUUGCUGGGGCUACGCAACAGCCCUGGGAUAGAAGAGGGGAUACCAGCGCCCAGCAGCCUUGGGAUGGAAGAGGAGCUACCGGUGCUCAACAGCCUGAUGCUGGAGCUACGCAACAACAGCCCUGGGAUGAAAGGGGAGAUAUCGGCGCCCAGCAACCUUGGGAUGGAAGAGGAGCUACCGGCGCCCAACAGCCUGGUGCUGGAGCUACGCAACAACAGCUUUGGGAUGAAAAGGGUACUACUGGCGCCCGACAACCUUCUUUUUCGGACGCAACUAGCGCCGGCGCCGCUCAGCAACCGACCACCUGGGACACAAGCGGUGCUCUCCAGCCAUCCUCUUGGGAUGCAAGCAGAACUGGCGAAACUCAACAACCGAGCCUCUGGGAUUCAAGUACAGCAGCUGAUGGUGUCAAAGAACCCUCCUCCUGGGACACACGUGGGGCGCAGCAACCUGUCUCAUGGGGUACCGGUAGCUCAGGACAGUUACCCUCACAAGAUCGUGGAAUAACGGUACCAGACAGAGAAGCUGGCUGGGAGGACACCAGUAGGACAAGUGGUGCAGCAAGCUUAGAUGAUUUGGGUACCGGAGCUGAAGGCACUGGCAUGACCGAAACUGGUUCCGGCACGGAAAUAAGGCUGAAAAGCGAUGACACAGGCACAUGGGGUAGGUCAGGAGCAGCAGCGCAAGUGCAACCUUCGUACGACAUCGAACAACCGGGUCAUAGUGGCUAUACUGGAGGUGCGGCAUCCGGUGGAGAAUAUGGUCGUUCUGGAAGUAGAAGCUACGGAGGAUCAGCAGAUUCCGCUAGCACUAUGAGAUCAGGAUACGAGAGAACUGCGUACUAA